GUAUGUACUGGUGACAUUUGUAUUACCAACCUGACCGUGGAAAAGUUUCUCUUUGUAUAUCUCCCUUUGGCGUCUGCACGCGUAUUCGUAACUCACAUAAACGUAAGCAAUGUCGGGAGGUUUAGACGUACUGACCCUCAAGGAGGAUGAUGUGACAAAAAUGUUAGCUGCAUGCACCCAUGUGGGUAGCACCAACGUCGACUUCCAAAUGGAACAGUAUGUAUACAAACGAAAAGGCGACGGUGUACAUAUUAUCAACUUACGUCGCACUUGGGAAAAGCUGUUGUUGGCUGCUAGGGCUAUAGUCGCGAUCGAACAUCCCAGCGAGGUGUUUGCCAUUUCGUGCAAGUCGUACGGGCAACGUGCCGUUUUGAAGUUCGCCGCACAUACGGGUGCCACACCAAUCGCAGGUCGUUUCACUCCCGGUGCUUUCACAAAUCAAAUUCAAGCCGCCUUCCGCGAACCACGUCUGUUAAUUAUCACCGAUCCUGCAUUUGACCAUCAACCUGUAACUGAAGCCUCCUACGUUAAUAUUCCAGUUAUUGCAUUCUGUAAUACCGACUCGCCUUUACGGUUUGUCGAUAUUGCAAUUCCAUGCAAUAACAAAGCUCCUCACAGUAUCGGUUUAAUGUGGUGGCUUCUUGCACGUGAGGUCCUUCGAUUGAAGGGACAAAUUCCACGUGAAGGCAAGUGGGAUAUUGUCGUCGACUUGUACUUCUAUAGGGAACCUGAGGAGGCCGAGAAGGAAGAACAAGCCGUGAAAGAAAUUGUUGCUCCCAAGCCUGAACCAAUUCCUCGUGAAACGACCGAAAUUGAGUCCUGGAACGAACCACCAACUUGGGAAGAACCAUCAAUUCCAUUGCCACCGGCGCCCACAUCUACAUUCGCUCCUGCAACUGAAAAUUGGGCCAACGAAGUUGACGAAUGGGAUGCUAACACGCAACCCCAAGGUGGACAGCCUAACUGGGCUUCGACCACAGACUGGAACAAGUCUUAGUUUUAACAGUUUUACAAAUAAAAUUGUUUUUUGACUAA